AUGUCGCAGAUAAUACCAAUUGAAGCAAUUUCCCCCCCUCUAAUUGUUACUGGGCGGGGAAAUGGUGACACAUCACCAGAUGGCGCCAUCCGUCGCGAAAUCUCCUACAACGCGCCGAAAACCACCUUGAUUAUAAAGCUUGAGGAUAGUCAUAAAAGUGGUGGAUCUCCGCUCUACGACCGUAAUAUGCCCUCAGCUCGUCAGCUUAUCGAAGUUAUCACAAUCAUGGCGCUUGAAUUCGCAGUGCUAGACGUCUUCACGUCAGAGCCAUUCCGAGGCAAUCCUUUGGCCAUCGUCAGAGUGCCCCCAGAGGUCGAACUCUCCCAGGCGCAGAAGCAGGCCAUCGCCAAAGAAUUCAAUCUCUCCGAGACCGUCUUUCUUCAUCAGCAAACAGAGACGGACGUACAGAACGGAGAUGCGCGCGUCGAUAUAUUCACGCCUAUCGCCGAACUUCCGUUUGCAGGACACCCAACGGUUGGGACGUCCAACUAUCUCUUGCACCAUUUAAAACUUGAGACUGCACGCACGCUCGUCGCCAAAGCAGGCCGUCUUCCUUUCCAGGCUCAAGGCGACGGGGUGCUUCUGUCGGUUCCUCACAAUGUUCACAUACACGCGCAGCCCUUUUCCGAUCGGGAUUUCGGGCACUACCCGGUCGUAAGCAUCGUCAAAGGAAUGAACUUCAUCCUUGCACAGCUCCCCGACCUGGAAGCCCUCGCCAAACCCACCGAGAAUUUGCUUGGCACCUCAAAUACAUACACGGCCAAAGAGCGGCUGGACGAGGGCUGGCGCGAUGGGAUAGUCAACACGUACUAUUUUGUAGAUCUCGGGACCCAGGAAGACGGGACUAGGAACCUGCGAACUCGUGGCCUAGGAUCUCGCGAGGACCCGGCUACCGGGAGCGCUGCGUCUGCCCUGUCAUCGUAUCUGACACUAAGCGAGGGAAAGGGGGGACCGCUCACGCGGAGUUACCACAUCACGCAAGGUGUGGAAAUGGGCAGGAGGGGUGACAUACAUGUGAAAGUUAUUCUUGAGGAGAGCCGUCGGGAGAUCAAGGAGGUUUUCCUUGGCGGGGAAGCCGUGCCUACUUCCGAAGGGAAGAUUCAAAUACCUUCACUAUAG